AAAAAUAAAAACGAUUUUCUCCUUUUGUUUUCUUCUAGUGUUACGUCCAUUGCUGAUCGUCUCAAUGUCGAGUUUGCUUUAAUUCACAAGGAGCGUAAGAAGGCCAACGAAGUGGCCUCUAUGGUGCUUGUUGGUGAUGUUAAGGAUAAAAUUGCCAUAUUGGUAGAUGAUAUGGCUGAUACUUGUGGUACAAUUGUGCAUGCUGCCGAUCGUUUAGUUGAAGCAGGUGCUACUAAGGUCUAUGCCAUUUUAACACAUGGCAUCUUUUCGGGACCAGCAAUUUCACGCAUUAAUAAUGCUUGUUUCGAGGCUGUGGUUGUAACAAAUACCAUACCUCAAGAUGGUCACAUGAGAGACUGUCCCAAAAUCCAGUGCAUUGAUGUAUCUAUGAUGUUUGCCGAGGCUGUGCGAAGAACUCACAAUGGCGAAAGUGUUUCUUAUCUUUUCUCAAAUGUUCCAUAUUAAGAACUACUUUUAAACAAUAUAUUUUUUUUUAAUUUUUUAAAUAUAUUUUUAUAAUUUUAAUUCAAAUACUUUAAACAAUAAUAACAACAUUUUUUUCUUUUCCUAAACAAAUACUACCAAUCAACCACUACUUUAAUUAAUUAAUUUUGUUUAACUAAUUUUUUUUUGCCAUUGUUAAUAACUUUUUUUUGAAAAAUAUUUUUUAUUUAUAAAAAAGUAUUUUUUCAUAAUUUCGUUUUGUAAUGAAUACUUCAUUUUGUUUUUCCUUUUUUCUAUACAUAAUAAAAUAAGACCAUGUUAAAAUUUCUUUGCCAUUAAAAAAUACUGUUUUUAAAAAACUCUUUAAAUUUAAUUUAGUCAAAAUAAUUAUAUUUACCACCACCAUAACUAUACAUAAUUAUAUACCACUUACACACCAUAAACUCAAACAUACAAAUAAAGAAAGUUGUACUCCUUUUUUUCUAAAAAAAA